UUAAACAGGCACCAACGAGAAGACGCUCAUAGAAAUCAUAGCGAAUCGUUCGAACAAACAACGACAAGCGAUUCGUGAAUCUUACAAACAAGCAUUCGGACGGGAUUUAAUGAAAGACAUCAAGUCUGAGAUCGGCGGGAAUUUCUGCGACUUAGCAAUCGCGUUGAUGGAGCCAUCUGCUUUGUUCGAUGCAAAGUGUUUGUAUGGAGCUAUUAAAGGGGUUGGGACAACUGAGACAACCUUGGUUGAGAUCCUCGCUUCACGAACGAACCAACAAAUUAAAGAGAUUCGUGAAGUUUACAAGAAGGAGUAUAAACAUGAACUUGAGAAAGAUAUCACCGGGGACACCAGCGGGGAUUUCAGAAAGUUGCUUGUUUCUCUAAACAAUGGUGCACGGGAUGGCAGCCCCCCCAAUGAAGAACACGCCAAGAUUGAUGCGGAAUCUUUAUACAAAGCCGGGGAGAAGAAAAUGGGAACAGACGAAGCAACGUUCAACAGGAUUUUGUGCACAAGGAGUUUCGGACAACUUCGUGAAAUAUUUAGGCAGUAUAAAAAGAUAUCUAAGAAAGACAUCAUCAAAGCGAUUGAAAGUGAGUUCUCGGGUGACAUCGAGAUGGCCCUUAAGAUGGUGGUGAGGAUCGCUGAGUGCCCGCCAUCUUUCUUUGCCAAGAGGUUACACGACUCAAUGAAGGGAGCUGGUACAAAAGAUGACGCGCUUAUAAGGCUGGUUGUCACACGAUCAGAAGUGGACAUGGUUGAAAUAAAAGAAAGAUUUCAAGCGAUGUACAAAAGUUCGCUCGAGAAAUUCAUCAAGGGCGACACUAGUGGAGAUUAUGAGAAACUACUGUUGGCUGUUAUUUCAUAAUUAACUAAUUAUUAAAAAAAGAUCUUAAUUAGAAAUAUCUUAAGAAGCUGUGUUGAAAUCACAUAUUUAGCCCAAAGAAUAAAAAUAUUCGAAAAAAUAAAUCCUAAUUCCCAAUAAAUAAGCGCACUGUCCCCUAUACUAGCUGCAAUGUAUUUAGAUGUGCCGUGUUGUUAUUAAGCAUGUGUUUUAUAAUCUGUGUAGAAAGCAAUAAAUGCAAGACA